CAGGGAGGGGCCGCCGGCCAGUUACCGUCAGCCGACAAGAAGCAGAAGAGGGAGCGCUAAGUCCGCAGAACACGCGGCGCGUUACAAAGAUCAUCAUAACCCACCUGAAGCAAAGGCGAGCGUAACAAAAGCCAGGUGGGAGGGAAUAAGAGACCGAGAAAUAACCAGGUUAGGCUGAUGUAGCCUAUAAGACCGUCAUACACGCCCCGCAGGUGGUUACUGGACCCGAAACAGAAAAUAGGGAAAUACACACUCGGCUACUUAUCUUAAACUCCAGCUGCUUGCAGGGAGGAAGGCAGAGGACGAGGCACCCCUGCGCGGUUGGUAUUGCCCCGAAUCUGCGAGAGGGUCCUGAGCCGGUGUGUGCGGGGCAGAGGCGGCCGGGCUAUGUGAGAUGAGGUGCAGGAAUGGCAGUGUGGUGACAGUCUUCGGUCUGGCGGCUCUCGUCUCCCUGUCGCUGUACACAGCAUGGCAUAGAGACAGAGGGUAUGGAAUAGACUCGUACGAAAAACAGUUUACAGAACUCCAGCAAAGGUUGUUUCACGCCGAACAAGAGAAUCGAAAGAGGUCUCAAGAUCUGAGCAAUGUGCUUGAUGAAAUAAAGCGAGCCGUAGCAGAGAAAAGAAAUGCUUUUGAGAAUCACACAGUUGAGGAGAUAAAAUGGAAAGUUAUGAAUCUGACCAGCAAGCUCCCCAUGCAGUUCUCAAACAUUUACAUGUUCCUGCCUCAUCUGCUGGGUCAUGAUGACAGUCUUCAGCCCAACGUGCUCUACGGACACGGGAGAACAGGGGUGUCAAUUGUCAUUGGUAUCCCGACAGUAAAGAGAGACAAACAGAGCUACUUGUUGGAUACUUUAAGUUCCCUUUUCUCAGAAAUGUCCACAGAAGAAAAACAAGACUGUGUGGUAAUUGUUUUCAUAGCAGAGGUCAAUUUACAAUAUGUUGAUGAUCUUGCUAACGGAAUAAAAGAGAGUUUUCCUCGUGAAAUACAGUCUGGUGUCCUUGAGAUCAUCUCUCCCCCAGCGUCUUACUACCCAGAUCUAAACAAUGUUAAGGAAACCUUUGGGGACUCCAAGGAGCGAGUGAGGUGGAGGACAAAGCAAAAUUUAGACUACAGCUUCCUGAUGUUGUACGCUCAACCAAAGGGUGUCUAUUACUUACAGUUAGAAGAUGACAUCGUUGCCAAACCCCAGUUUUUCCAGUACUUGAAGAAUUUUGCAGACCAACAACCUUCUGAUGACUGGAUGAUCCUUGAAUUUUCUCAGCUUGGGUUUAUUGGAAAGUUGUUCAAAUCUAAGGACCUGCCCCUUGUUGCAGAAUUUUUCUUGAUGUUUUACAGAGAUAAGCCCAUAGAUUGGCUCCUUGAUCAUUUUCUUUGGGUUAAAGUGUGCAAUCCUGAAAAAGAUGCCAAACACUGUGACCGUCAAAAGUCCAGUCUCCGCAUUAGAUAUCGGCCAUCUUUGUUUCAGCAUAUUGGGACACAUUCGUCAUUGAUUGGAAAAAUACAGAACCUAAAGGAUAAAGAUUUUGACAAGAAAGUUCUAUACAAGCCUCAUCCGAACCCUCCAGCAAAACUGAGCACCAGUUUAAAGGUCUACCAGCACUACACCCUAGAGAAGGCUUACACGGGCCAGGAAUGCUUUUGGUCAUUCUCACCUGUGGCAGGAGAUUACAUCCUCUUUGAAUUUGAGGAACCAUUAGUGCUAGUUGGGUACUUUUUCAAAAGUGGAAAUAUUGAGCAUCCAGGAGACAAGUUGUUUAACACAACAGUUGCAGUUUUACCUGUACAGAACAUUGAGAACCUUCCUGGCGGACUACAAAAAGAUGAAGAUGGCUUCGUACAAAUCGGCAAGUUUCUGAAUGGUAUCGCUGAAGGAGAAAUCAAUCGUUCUCUAGGGAAAAUCAAAGCAAUCCGCUUAAAGGUUCUCUCGGAGUCCCCGGUCUGGGCUUUGCUAAGUGAGAUAUUUAUCAAGGUGGGCAAGUGAAGGUAGGAGCGGUUUUUCAAGACUCCGGCACGACUCUUUUGGAGAGCUCGCCAUCUACUGGUGCUUUACGGGAACAGCAUCUUCUCCUGCAGCUCACAAAAGCAAAAUAAUGAAGGAAACAGAUGACCCUCUUUUACUCUGGAAAUGUAUUUAUGUGAAAAGGUUUUAUUUUUUCAGUUUCGUUUUGAUUUAGGAGAUGGACAG